UUUCUUUAAACCACUGACGGGAGCUCUUGAGUCGUGACGACAGAACCAAGCCUUCGCAUGAAAACAUGCGCGUAUUUUAAAUGCAAAUACACAACAACAGUAAAACAGUUCAAUCGCGUGCUUGGUUUGUUAGGUUGCUCACUUGUUCUGGAUCCCAAAGACCACCGGAGAAUGCAGGAAGGUCAAACGACGUUGGUGGACAACCGUAAAGUGGUUCAAGAGUUCUGUGAACUAUUGGAAUGUUCCAAACAACUGUUUAAUGGACUGCGGGAUUUACCCCAGUAUGGCCAACGACAGUGGCAGCCAUAUUUUGCACGGACGUUUGAAACAUACACUAAGCUGUGGAAGUUUCAACAAGAAAACAGAUUAAUUCUAGAUCGUGAUUACAAUUUAAAGCGAUGGCAAAUCGGGGAAAUCGCUUCCAAAAUUGGCCAACUGUACUACCAUUACUAUUUAAGGACAAGUGAAACAAAUUACUUAAAUGAAGCAUAUCAAUUCUAUUCAGCCAUUCGAUCGAGGAAUUAUUACAAGAACGUCAGCAAGGAAGACAGUUCCGACCUUUUGUUGAAAAAACAUCGUUACUACGCAAGAUUUAUUGUUGUUUGUCUUUUGCUCAAUUAUAAACAAGAUGUACAUGACUUGGUAUCGGAUUUUUCGAAACAAGUUCAAGAAAACAAACGAAUUUUAAAAGAAACCGAAGAAACAGAAUGGGACCAGGUGGUUCUUGAGAUAAAAGAGUUUUUAGAUUCCGAACCAGUUCAGAUUCUUAACGCGGACACUUUCCAGCGCUGUGACGUCACUUUACGCAUGAGUUCAUCCAGUUUACCAGCACUUGAAAAAGGUGUUCAAACCCGUGUUUCACUGGGUGACGCCAUCAUAGUAGGCAACUCUCCAUCUCAAAUGAAGUUCUCUGAGCUAACAGUUGAUAUGUUUCGCAUGGUGCAGGUAUUGGAAAGAUCACCGUGCGUUACAGCUGAUCCUGUGCAAAGAUCCCAACGUGCUAACCCAUCCCAGGAAAGUGCAGAUCGCCUUAUGAAGCGUGAUAACCCACACAAGUACCUGUUGUACCGACCAACAUUUUUCCAACUUUACACAUUCCUUGCCACAGCUGUCAAAGAGCUUCCCCCAGCCAAUGCACUUCUGCUCUACCUGUCAGCACAUGGAAGUAACCGUAACCACAACAACAACUCAGAAUGCACGGAAGAUGGAGGAUAUGAGCUUGGUGGAGUAAUCACAAACGACCGAAAAGAAGAUGACACAUCAGUAAGAAAACAAUCAACAUUAAAAAACAUGCACUGCAUACACCCUGCGGAUCUAUACCCCUUCACAAGGAAGCCAAUGUUAAUAAUAGUUGACAGUGAUAAUGCAAAUGCAUUUUCCAAUCUACCCAAUUUGUUUGGACAACCAGUGGUCUGUCUAAUGGCACCUGAUCAGUUACCACAUUCCACGAAAGAGCAUUUUUCACGUGGUCGUCUUUUAACAAGUUUCCUAUACUCACCUCUUAUGGCGUUUAUGCUAACAUGUGGGAUUGACCAAACCAGCGACCGUCUUUAUGAAACUUGCUCCCAAGUUGUAGAAAAAGCAUUACAGGAAGCUCAGCGAUCAUACCUGCGCUCAAGAACAAUAGAUCAUAGUUUUCUUCAAUUUUUUGGCGACGAGUUUAUUCGAUUAAUUCUGCUUCGCUUUGCGUUCUGCUACUGUACAUUACGUCUGCAUCGUGCAUAUAAGGAUAGCAGAUUUUACCCAAAGUCCCAUCCAGCGUUGCCAGAAGAAGAUUUUGUUGGCAACCCAGCAAUGAACAAAGCAAUAAUUGACAUGGCAGAUGUUUUGGGCGUGAGGGGUUUAUUUCUUGACUGUAACCCAGCAUAGAAUAAACCUUUCAACCGUUUCAUGAGAUUAAGGAUUUUCUGUUGUUUCAAUUUUAUUACCCAGUCUUUUACAUACUGCCGAUUUUAGCUGAUUCAUAUACUAACAUUGGAUGUUUUGCGUACCAACACACUUAGUAUACAUAUUUAACGACUUGUAAUUUUACGAAUGCUAAAAAAUACACAAAAUUGUCACA